GCCAUCUGUGUACAGCAUUUUCUAUCAUGUCCUGUGUUUAUGAAUGAUUUCGCUUAAACGAAAAUAAUUACUAUAAUUUAACUUGCAAUUUUUGCUGUUAUAUGUGUAAUUGCAGUUUUGAAUAUUGUUUCUCAAAGAAUAUGUUUCUUUAAUGUGUGUGAAUUAUAUAUUUCCAGAUCUUGCUUAUAUGGCGGUUGCAGCCUUGUUAAGCUUGUUUACAUCAACCAUGUAAUGCUAUUUCGCGGCAAAAAUCGGAUAUUUUGGCGAUACUUUUGUGUUGUGAAUUUGUUGAUAUUUUUAAAAAUUUUUUUCAUAUAUGUAUAUUUUACUACUAGUUUUCGUGCAAACAAAUUGAAAAAGUGAUUACAGUGUUUGUGUGUUAAUGAUUGUGUGUUAAUUCCAGAAAAUCACGAGUGUUAAAGUUUAGUGAUCUGGUGGUUCAUUUAUACUUAUUUAUGAAAAAAAAGUGUGUUGUGUGAAGUAUAUUUUCUGUAAGAUGAAAAGACAACAAGAUAGAGAUUCCCCUGGUAAAAGUAAACGUUCUCAUUCUUCUGUAUCGCGAUAUGAUGACAGUCCUAGGGAGAGAUCUCCUCCCGAUCGCAGAGAACGACGUGGUACUAAUAAAUCACCAAAUGACCAACGUAGGGGUCGAACUAGGGAUUCAUCUAAUGAAAGAAGUAUGACUAUUAGCCGUUCAGGCAGUGUUAUGGGUAGAGAUUCAUAUGAUGAUUAUCCACGUAAUAUGAAAUCAGAGCGUGGUCCUCCACCUGUAACAAAAACUUUGUGUGUGUCAAAUUUAAAUCAUAAAGUUAAUGAUGCUACUAUUCGAGAUGCAUUAAUUCGUGAAUUCAAUAGAUAUGGUGAUGUGAGUGUUAAAAUAUUUUAUAAUGGGAAUGAACGUGUAGCCUAUGUGUAUUUUAGAACAUAUGAGGAUGCCCGUGAUGCUCGAAAUAACAAAAUGAGGCUUGUGCUGUUUGAUAAGCCUGUACAAAUUGAGCCUGUUUUUGACAGAGGUGCAUCUGGUAGGAGGAAUAGGAGUAUUAGCCCUGAAUACAGUGGUGUUCGUGGUGUGUCUCCAGCACAUUCCUCUGCCAGUAACAAUAGUAUGAGCCGGCAUGCUAUGGGGGGUGGGAGACAAAAUGCAAUUGAAAGGAACACCCCUUAUUCUCAUCCACGUGAAGGUAUGAGAAGGGAUAACAUGCAUAAUGAUUUUCAUCACCAUCCUAUGCAUCGAAGAGACGAAUCAAAGAAAGAAAAAUUUCCAAAUUACUUGCAUCAUGUGCCUCCUGAAGAAGAUGACAAAGCAACCAGAACAUUAUUUGUAGGUAAUCUUGAAGUGACAAUAUCUGAAGCUGAACUGCGCAGAAUAUUUGAAAGAUAUGGUGUCGUAGAAGACAUCGAUGUUAAGCGUCCUGCACCAGGUUUGGGAAAUGCUUAUGCUUUUAUUAAGUUUUUAAAUUUAGAUAUGGCUCAUAGGGGAAAAGUUGAAAUGUCAGGUCAGUACAUUGGAAAAUUUCAAUGUAAAAUUGGCUAUGGUAAAGCUACGCCUACUACUAGAAUUUGGGUUGGUGGAUUAGGACCAUGGACUUCUUUAUCGCACUUAGAACGAGAAUUUGAUAGGUUUGGUGCCAUCAGAAAAAUUGAUUUUGUUAAAGGAGAAAACCAUGCAUAUAUUCAGUAUGACAGCAUAGAUGCUGCUCAGGCAGCUUGCCAAGAAAUGCGAGGUUUCCCCUUGGGAGGACCUGAUAAGAGGCUGCGAGUUGAUUUUGCUGAUCCUGGCCCUUACAGUUAUUAUCAGUCACCUUCUCGUGCUGGUUUCAGGGAGGAAGAAGGCUAUGUUCCUCCUCCACCUUCUAAAAGGCCUAGUUUUAGAAGUGAGGUGCCUGCUGCUGAAGAUUACUAUGGAGGUAUGGACAACAACUGGUCUAGAAAUAACAUGUAUGAAAAUCAACCAUAUGACCCUAUGUAUGAUAGAUCACCAAAAUUUCAAGGCCGAGAACCAUGGGGCCCACCUGAAGAUGAAGAGCGUCAUGAUUACAGAGGAUGGAACCGCAAUAAUCAAGGAUGGUGGGAUGAUCAUCCACGUGGUAGAAAUGAUAAUUCCGAUCGUCGUAAGCGUAAUCGAAGUCCUACAGAUAUGGAUGAAUCCGGCAGGCUUGGCCAUGAUAUGUACUACAAAAGACCACGUUCUCGUAGCCCUGAAAGAAGUGAUUUUGAUCGCUCAGCUCUAAACAAAGAUACUCUCUCACCUCGGCGAAAUCGGAGCAAUGGUGGAAUUAAUCGGCGGAUGUCUAGGGAAGGGCAUUUCUCAUCUGAUGGCAGAAGUGAUUUUCGAAAAGAUUAUGAUUACGAUUCUGGGAGAAAUGACAGAAAUCGACGACAAGAUUUUGAUAAGAAACGACAACAACACGAUAAUCUUAUGAAAGACAGUGUGACUAUUGUGGAUAGUGUUGAUAAUUUACAGGAUUUAGCAAAAUGCUGUCCAGUUGCCUGGCAUGGUGGAUUGGUGCUAAAAAAUAGUGCGUUUCCUGCCAGGAUGCAUGUUUGCAGUGGUGAUUCUUCAUUAGUGGAUUAUAUGAUGAAAGACCAUAGUUCAGAACCUCCAAUGUUGAGGAUAACUCAGAGAUUACGUUUAGAUCCUCCAAAAUUGGACGAUGUGUCCCGAAGGAUAUCUAUUGCUGGUACACAUGGUUAUUGCCUUUUAUUAACGUUUCCUGUUCCCAUUCAACCUGGUGACGAUCAGACUUCAUCUGUGCAGCAACGACCACUUAGAAACCUUGUAUUGUACCUUAAGCAAAAAGAAGCAGCUGGUGUGAUAUCACUGCCAUGUAAUACUAAAAAAGAUGGGAAAGAUCAAAGUGGUGUCAUGUAUGCUUUCCCACCUUGUUCAUUUGCACUAGAUUUAUUAAGACGUGUUGCUCCUAACCUAAUUUCUGACUCCUCUAAGGAGGAUCAUCUGGUAGUGGUGGUAGUUAAGGGAUCAUCAUAACUCAAACAUAUACUCAUAUUUUAGCCAUACAUUAAAAGGAAAUGGUGUUUGUUUGAAUCAAAUGUUAUGUGAUCUGCUACAAAUCAAUGAUUACUAAGUGCUUAGUUAUUCAUAUGAAAAGCAUUCAGUGCCACACAUGUGAAGGGUUUAUUUUAUAAAUUUGUUAUUUAAACUUCAUUGUACUGAAACCUGCCACUUGCUCAUAUGGGAUAUACAGUUGAAGUUUUUGCAGUUAAAAUGCAAAGUAUUUUGUGUUGAAUUACUUAUUUAUAUAUA